GCUCUGCUUUGGAUUUCACAUGCAAAUGCUUGACAGCUCUUUCAAUUCCAGAGAUUUCUCCGGCUGCAGCUUUACACAUUCAGAGUUUUACCCUAGCAAGACUGAUGGUUAAUUCUUUGAUCUGUUGUCCACUGGGCUCAUCUUACAAACCUCGCUGAAGACGUAAUUCAUUAUUCAAAGCAACAGAGAUGGAAGAAGCCUGUACAAUAGCAGCAGGCAGUCCUGGGCAGUAUAGGUCAGGCUGCUGAUGAAAACACUGCAGUGCAGAAUUCUCACUGGUUGCUCCUGUAUGGCAUUUGAUUUUCAGAAUUAAAGGAGCAAGAACAUGCCGAAAAGGAAAGGAGGCCCCCAGGGGAAAAAGGUCACCCUAAAAAUGGCAAAAAACUCCAUGAAAAUCACAGUGGACGGGAAGCGUCGUUUAGACUUGAGCAACAUGGGCAUUACAACCUUCCCCAAGUGCAUUCUGAAGUUGACGGAUAUCGAGGAAAUCGAUCUGAGCCGGAACUUGAUCAAAAAGAUUCCAGACUUCAUCAACAAGUUCCCGAAGCUGCGCUACCUAGACUUCCACACAAACAAGAUCGAGAGGAUUCCAGAAACCCUCUGCCAGCUGGAGCUGCUUUACUAUCUUGACCUGUCUAACAACAAGCUCACAACGGACGGCCUACCCACGGACCUGGUGCAGCUGAAAAACCUCCGGGUCCUGAAUCUCGGGCUGAAUUCCGUGGAAAUGAUUCCGACCACCAUCGGCACGUUAAAGGAGUUGAAGGAACUGGGGCUCUUUGACAACCGGAUCACCUACAUGCCGGAAAAAAUCACCAAGCUGCCGAAACUAAAGAAGCUGAAUGUGUUGCGGAACCCGUUCACCACUCCACAGGUACCCGAGGAGCCCAUAGAGACCAUCGAUCGCGUGGAGAACCUCUACCUCGCCAGGAAAGACAUGCUGUGCCGUCCCUGUCUGAAGAAAUGUCUCCGGGAAAGGGACAAAUGGAGCAAGGUGAAGAACAUUGCCGAGAUGGAGGAAGAACCCGACUUCAGUGGCCUCAUAGCACCCAACUCAGUCGCAAAACAGGACGAAGCAUCUUGGAGAAUUAAUGAAUAAAGGUUUCUGAGCUGAAGGAGUCUCUGCUGUCAGCCUAGACUACCAGAGGGUAUAGCACGGCAGAAGCUGAGGAAUAAACAAAGACAGCGCUGAAGAAAGAAGUUAAUAUGACAUUCCACGGAAAUAACCGCACAAAAAGUUGUCGCGACCACACAGCAUGUUUAGAGCUACUUACCUUUUAAAGACCCUUUUCCUGUCGUUUUUAUGGAAAACAAGUAACUUCGAAAAUCCAUUCUUUAAAAAGAUUUCGAGUGCAAUGUCCUACGGGGAAGAGUGGCAAUCACAUAAAGAACA